GCUCACGAUCACAACUAAAAUUAUGAAGAAGACGGUAGCUGGCGCUACAGAGGGAAGGGAGCUAAAGAAGACAAGGAGAUCGACUCGUCUGCUGUCUAAACGUACUGCUGUACAACUAAACAAGGAAGAGACAGAGCGCGACAACAAGGAAGAGACAGAGCACGACGAUAAACCUGAAGAAGUGACGUUCAUCCAGGGUGCGGCGCAGGCGAAGGAGGAGAGACAACUUGUCACUAACGCAGCUAUUAAAACUUCAGAAACACUGCGCAGAAAGAGAAGAGGGUUGGCAGAGAGAAACAGACUCCAGAAGGAGGCAAAAAGAGCAAAUGCAAUGCAACGUCUUCCUGACGAAAUCUUAGAGGCAGUAGCUAGGAAACAGCAAGAGAGUACAGAAGACAGUUCAUUGCAAAACCAGGAGAGUUCAGACGACGAAGAUGACGGCAUUGUCCGCACGACUGACACAAAUGUCAACCAGGUAGACCAUCAAUCUUUUGAUGUGGUUACUGUAGAUCAGGUAGUGAACAAGCCAAGAAAGCUAAACACUCAUGCAUUGAGUUUCAAGCAGAAACAUUUGUAUGGUGAUCGUUUGAAGAGAGUAGAUGGUCUAACCUUUAUGUCACUAAAACUCAAACGUCAUGGUCCUGCAGUCAACUUUCGACAAGUAAACUCAUAGACUUCUUGUUUGCUCCUCUUGUCUAAGAACGUUAUAAGCAAAUUUAGUCAUUGCAUUGA